AUGUCUUAUCCAUACAUCGAAGUAAACAACAGCGGCGUUUACCUUUUGCAACAGGGCAACUAUGCCGCCGCCAUGCCAGCAUUCCUCCUGGCAUUGGACGUAUUCAAGCGACAGGUUGCUGUCUCUGCAAUGGAGGAGUUUCACGGCGCCGCCAUUGACUAUCGGUGCAACUCUUCCUCUGCCGCACUCCCUCCACCUCCUGCCUCCCUUUACGACUGCCCAUCUGAUCAGUUUCCUCGCGAUCACAGCUUCUUUCACAGUGUUUCCUUCAGAACAGACGAGCUCGAUCGCAAGACGGCGACGGACCGUCUUCAUUUCCACAGUCGAGCAUUCGUUCUUUCAGAACGCUUGGAAAAGGAUCCUACCGCCAAACACAGACGCGAUGGUACCUCUGGAAUGAUCCUCUUCAAUAUCGGCGCAACUUUGCACGCACAAGCUAUGCGCACGGGAGACAGUCAAGUCCUCCGUAAGGCACUUCUUGUCUACAAGUUGGCUCAGUCUUCCGCCGAGGAAUGGGCGCUCUACAGCGGAGGGAAACGCAGCCUCCUGCUCAUGUCUGUCGUGAACAACUUGGCACUUGCACACUGUCAGCUAAUGCAAGUUGAGGAGUCUACGACCUCACUGCGACUGCUGCGGCAAUUGGUGAUUGAGACCGACGACCUGCAGCCUGAUGAUCGCAGCGCUAUUGAUUGGAAUGUCGUGCUGCACUCAGAGAGUCGAAUGGAGGAGUCGCCAGCUCCGGCUGCUUGA